AGCUAUAAGACAGCUCGCUUCUCUCCUUGCCACUACUUGCACGCUUAAUCUCCAUUGACUUCGCAACUGCAUCACCAUGAACCCGAAUACCGGCAUCACAGACGAGGCGGCCAUUGAGGGCCACGACCUCAUUCACAACGCCGAGGUUGAGGAGCAAAAGGCGCACGGCGACCACGCGCUGACGCAGCCCGACGAGGGCGAUGAGCCGCUCAACGCGACAAAACAGACUGAGACCGGCGCGGGACCCGGCGGACAGCCUCAGCGUCGCCACUCGGCCAUGGACAAGAUCAAGGAGACGCUGCAUUUGAAGAAAUAA